UUAGAGGGUUAGGGUUAAGGACAAUUACAAUUGCGCAUUCCCAAUCGCCAUAAAUGGUUGGACUGCUGAAGGAUUGAUUUAACUUUCUCACUGAAAUCGCAACCGGCUUCAUUUUCACGCAUCAUCAACAUCUCAACUGCAUUACAACAACAAAUCAACAAUAUGGGUGACAAGUCAAAGAAGAAGGUCAAGGGGUCCAAGGAGAAGGACCUUAAAACCUCUUCUGCCAGCACCAAAGUCAUUGGCGAAGAGGAAAAGAAGCAGUCAAAGGUCAAAUCAUCGGCUCCACCAAAACCAACUGCUCCCGAAACCACCAAAUCCGACGAUGCAAAAGCUAAAAAAGGGAAAUCCAAGGAGGGAAAGAGUGAUUGCAAGCGCAAACGCGACUCUGUUGAUGUAUCGACUGAGGAUGGAACGCCCAUUGAGACCGAGGGCGGUGUCAAUGUGCAGGAAGAUGUCGAGCCGGUGAAGAAGAAGAGCAAGAAGGACCGCAAGUCCAAGAGCGACGAGCAGUCAGAGAAGAAGGGGGGAAAAGCCAAGAAAGGAGACGAAAGCCAUGAGGAGAUCGGCAAUGACGAGGAGAACCCUCUGGCUGUCAACGCCAAUCAGGACAACAAAGCGAAGAAAGAAAAGAAGUCCAAGAAACAGGCCGAAGCUCAAGAUCGCCCACUAGCUGGACAUGGUGAGAUCAAGGAGGCCACAGAAAGAAUUGGGGAGGAAGGGAAGGAAAGCGAGAAAGCCCAGAAGGAGAAGAAAAAGAAGCGCAAACACAAGCACCAGACUGGUGAUGUGGAAAUGGUUGACGCCAACGCUGCCGCUAACGACAAGGAGGACAAGGGGGACAAGGUUGAACCGAGUGAUGGCGAGCAGAUGACAGGGAAGCAAAAGGAGGACAAGAAGGAGAAAAAGAAGAAGAACAGAGCUAAGCACCAGACUGGGGAUGUGAAAAUGGUCGACGCCAACGCCGCCGCUUACGACAGGGAGGAGGUCAAGGCUGAACAGAAGGAUGGCAAAAAGGAUAAAAAGAAGAAGGACAAGAAAAAGCACAAGAAGCGCAAGAGCUCGGAGGCUUCAGAAGCAGAACCGGACAACGUCGCGCCCACUCCCGCUUUGCCUUGCGCUCCCCAGGCCGACCUCUCGGAACGGUGGAAUGUCCAAGCACUUGGUGGCGGCGCGAAGCGGCAGGACAAAUUCAUGCGUCUAUUGGGUGGAAAGAAGCACGGCGCGAACGCCCCAGCCGCGGGUGAAGCAAAGGAGUCUCGCAAACGGUUCGACAUCGGCCGGGUUGAGCAGGAACUUGAGCAACAAUAUGAUGCCGGCAUACGAAUGAAGUUCGAAAACCCCGGCCAGCGCCGGGGCCUCGGUGCUUGAGCGAAAUCAUGGGUACUUU